GGGGUGUGGCGCGCGCUGGCAUUAACUGUGGCGCAACUCCCUCUAUCCCUUCUCUAGUCCUCGCUAUUAUUUCUCUCCUCUGCCUAGGAUACGCACGUGGUUUGCUCUUCCCUUGUUUUAACCUUAACCACUUGUCAAGAGGACUUAGCGGCGUCCAGAUGCGGAGUUGCCUCUAGAUUGAAGUACUUGUGUUAUCAAGACAUCUGUUAAUAAAUUAAAGCAUAAGGAACAUCAAGAUAACAGCGUGUAUUGUCACGCUGGCGUGCUAGCAACAGGAGGCAACAAUGAGCAUGACAGGGUAGAGGGACAGCAGCGCGGGGAGCAGCAGGCAGCGGCGGCGUUCGGACGUGGCGGCGGUGGCUCGACAUUACUGGAACAUGUUGAUGUUUGUGACGCAUCUGUAAACAAAAUGGCCAAGUUAUCUAGCGAGGAGAGGGCGCUCUUCCCGCUAACAGACAUUGACGGAGUGGUGAAGCUUUUCAAACUUCAUUUAGAAAAGAAUAGUGAACCAAAUCUUGCUAUACUGUCUAUAAUCGUGGGACACAUUGAAAACACAUUGACGUGCUCCCGAGGAGUGACGGAGCCGCCAGUCAGUUACGAGGACGAAUUCUCGGAAGGCAAGUACUCAGACAGCCACCAUGUACUUCCCUGUGUUGAAUACGAAACUGUCGAAGCGUUACAUCAGAGGUUCUUGGCCAUUAUCAAGGCGCACGUGGAUGUUGCCUCCUUCGGCAGCCCUCGGUACGCUACCCGGGAACUGGUGAAGCGGAUUUCGGACGUGGUAUGGUGCACUCUCUCCAGCAGUUACUACAAAGACAGGGCGCACCUUCAGUCCAUCUACAGCUACAUGACAGGUGCCAAACUGGAUAGUUCCGGCACCACAUUGGCAGUGGUGGCAGCUUGCCAGGCACUAGGCUACUACGAUGUGCACCUCGCCCUGUCAGAGGAUCACACGUGGGUGGUGUUUGGAGACAAGGGACAGCACACCGUUGAGGUCACCUGGCAUGGGAAGGGCAAUGAGGACAAGAGGGGCAUACCAGUGACGCAUGAUGUUUAUAGCAAGUCUUGGCUUUACGUCAAUGGCCAGCCAGUGGUGUGCAACAGACACAUGGAGGUGGCAACAAUAGUAUCCAACAUGAAUCCUGGAAUCAAUGCCACCACAGAUUCUGAGGAAGUGAUGCUUCUGCAGCAGGCACUCCUCUGGAUGCUGUAUGAUGCUGGCCACCUCACAAAAUAUCCUAUGGCCAUAGACAACUUGGGUGACCUUGAAGAGAUGAUGCCCAGCAAGGGGAGGGCACCAGCAACACGCAUGUAUGAAGAGGCCAUCACCAGUGCUGUGCGUUACUAUGAUAAUCAGCAUGUUUAUCCAUAUACAUACCUGGGUGGUUACUGUUACCGGAACAAGCUAUACAAGCAAGCCCUUAAGUACUGGGCUCAGGCUGCAUCUGUCAUCAAAAAUUACAACUACUCGAGGGAUGAUGAAGAAAUCUACAAAGAAUUUCUGGAAAUUGCCAAUGAGCUUAUUCCACACAUCAUGCGUGUGGUGAGUUCAGGGAUCUCAGCGCGAUCCAUCCUGAAGGAUCCAGAGUGCUUUGGUUACCUGCUUGAGUUCUACGAUGGAAUCUGUGAAUGGGAAGAGGGCUCAGCCACCCCGGUCCUUCAUAUUGGCUGGGCUAAAGCACUCUUUAACACCAUUGCAAAGUUUGAUGCUCAUGUCAGGUCACAUGUCAAGAUAUUCUGUGUGGAUCCUGACUCAUCUGAUGUCACUGAGGAACCAGAGCAGCCAACACUGGAGAAGACUGCAGCUGAGGCCAGGUCAUCACAAGACCAAAAUGGCAACAUGGCAGCUGACUGCACUGCAUUUACUGAAGAGGAAUUGGACCCAAGUGAAAUGAUGCACCGCUGGCCACCAGUAAGACUUGCUUCAGCCAAGAUGCGAGGGCUGCGGGACCUACUACUUGCUGACAAGCUUAAUUCUCAGGCCAUUUCUCUCCAGCUCACAGCACAGUCACAGGUGACCAUGACAAAGAAGAGAGGGAGCAUUGGGGGUGAGGUGGAGAGCAGCCAUCACGUUGGGCGCUCAAAGAGAUCACGGCGAGACUGAGGUCAGGCCCAGUUUGGGGGUCAGCUGUGCUGGAUGGCACGGCAGUAGUAAGUCAGCACCCCGGUAAGGUGAGCUGCCACACACUUAGCUGGCAGAAGGAUGCUUUCUAAGAUUUGUUGACUAUACCACUCAAGCAAAUUGUAAAGAUAUUUUUAUUCGCUGUCAGUGUGAUACUUUCCUGGCAUGAUUAUGAGAAUAGUAUUUUUAUUUAUUUCAUGAGGCAGUGUGGUUUAGGUUUUUAUUAAAAUCUUAGUGUUAUGUUAUUUAUUAAAGAAAACAUUUGUGUGACUGUCAGGGAAGGCUGCUUUUGCCUUCAUCACACAGAAGGAAAUUUAUUUCUUGACUGGCUGCUGUCUGAAGGUCUUACACAAAUUUGUUCUUUUCAGUCUUGAUACUUUUAUAAUUUAGAAUAUUCUGUAUUUAUGUACAGUAAGACAUAUUUAUAUAUAUUUACUAUUUUCUGAUGAUUUUUUUAUAUUAGCUUGUACACUUAUUUUGGAGAGACCUUUAGAGGACAGUCAAUGAGUGGCUUACAUUAUAAUUCUAGGUCAUUUUAUAAGGUGGCAAGGUACUCUGAACACAGCCACUGGAGGGUUAGGGUAGAGUAUCCAUGGUGAUAGUCAAAAUUAGAUUUUAUUUUUAAUGUCUUUACCAAAGUCUUAAAUUUCCUUUAAAUUUGGAAAAAGGAUUUUUAUACAAAGCUUAUGUAAAUAAUUAGAUGCCAUUUCCUGAUUGAGAAAUGUGCCACAUUGAUUAGGAGUAGUGAUAUUAUUUAUUUUAAGAGGUUACAGAUGAAUGUUAAGUAAUCCAAAGGAAUGGCUAUUAAGCUUUUUAUGUUUGUUGUCUAAGAGAAAUCAAAGAUUAUUUUUGAAAUAAUGUAUAUGGAUAUGAUUAUUGUUAACUACAUGUGACUGUAGUGUCUUUCUUUAGCAUAGUCAUAUGGCCAUACAACUAUUACUGGGAGAAAAUGGUGGCAUGCACAAGCAGACCUGUUGAUGGCAUUGUUAUUCCAGUUGCUGUAUAUCACAUACUGCCUUGGAGACUACCCCAAGAGGCAUAGGUUCCACCCUGCCCUGCCCAGUUGUCAGGGCAGAGCAAGGGACUGCUGAGGUUUUGUGGCAGGCAGGCAGGCUCUUGAUACCUCUUCCCCCUCUCAUUCAUGUCCAGUCUCAGUAGCCUGUGAUGGUUUACAUGCAGAGGUCUAUGUGUACAUCACGUUCAGGGGAAUUUUCUUGAUUUAAGGUGCUGGUAUAAGUACAAUUGUCUUUGCAAAAAAUGGUAUUGAUAAGACUGUGGAUUCCUAAAUAUUGCUUGCUAGAUAUUAUAUGUUUAGAUAUUUAUGCCUGCUCGUGUGUCGUAUUACACAUUGUUUUGUUGGAAUGUGGAAUAUUCUAUCAACCCCAAAAAUAUGCUGUAUAUUCACUUUGUAUUGGAGUCUAGAUUAAUUUAUUUGUACAUAUUGUACCUUUCCUAUUCAUUACUGGCAAUAAUCAUAUCAUGUGUUGAAAUGUUUGCAAAGUUAAGUUGGCUUUCCCUUGCAUGGGUGCUCCUUCUGGGCCUUGGAGGACAGAGUCCUUCCAGCCCAUCACCUUGGAUGUGACAACAAAACAGCAGCAGCACCCACAGCCCUAAAAUUGUGAAAUACAGUCAGCCUAUGUGGUCUGCUAAGUGUCACUGACCACAAAACAAGUACCUGAUAAGGCGUAAGUCGAGAAUGGAGAGUGGUUGUGUACAAAGCAAGCAGGUAUUUCCUUCUUGCUUAAUGCUUCACCUUUUUACAACUGUCAACAGAGUGAAGUGAUACGACCUCUCCUUUGGAGAAAUGAGCACUUGGUAUAUGGGCCAAGAAGAUUAUCCAGGGAUUGCGAGGACCUUAUGCUGUCACCCAAACAGCUACAACUUACUUACCUGGGAGGGUGGUAGGCAGUUGUCUCUCACAGCUAGGGUUUAGCACCACUGUGUUGUGAAGACCAUCACUGAAGCUGGCAGGUGGCAUCUUCCCCACGUAGUGGUGACACCUAGUCAGCUGUUAUAAGAAUAAAUUGCCUGCUAAUUAAUUAGAUUUGUUGGUGUUCGUGUCUCAAAGGUACCUAAGGUACUACAGACACUAGUACAGGAUGCCCCCAAUGGGCAACAACUUCAUGUCUGGUUUUUCUUUUUGGCUCCUCUGAUAAGAACAUGGGUUCAUUUCAGUGAUGAGUAUACUCCACAUUUGCUUACCAGAGGGUCACAUUUGUAGGCCAGCUGAUGCAGUCAUCUCAUUGUAAGAGAGAGAGAGAGAGAGAGAGAGAGAGAGAGAGAGAGAGAGAGAGAGAGAGAGAGAGAGAGAGAGAGAGAGAGAGAGAGAGAGAGAGAGAGAGAGAGAUCCCAGUGAUUCCUUGUGCACUUCUCCCCCAGGAGUCUCCAGGGAGCAACACAAUAGAUGGUUGUUGACAGAAAAUUUUAAAUAUGACCAAUUACAGUCAUGGGUAUACUGAAGAAUAAGGAUAGAAGAUUCUUAAUCUUAAGAAUCUUUGUGUGGAUUUUUGAGUGUUUUGUGUGUGUGCACACGUGUGUGCAGAUGUGUAUGUUUGUGUGUACAUAUGUAGGGGGUCCUUAGCCAUAAUGUAUCACUACUCACCAGCAGAACCUCAAAAUGGCAGAGCAACUUAAGUCCCUCACCAGACCACAAUCAUCAGAUAUCCUGUUAUUUUUUUUCUUCCUUUUGCUGUAAUUUGAAUGGGAGUUUCAUAUUAUUGCUUGUAACAUUACUUUUCUUUAAGUGCGCCAUGCAUCCCAGCACAACAGUAGUGUAAGAAUUCAAGAAAAAUACAAAAAAAGAAAAAAAAAGAAAAAAAAGAAAAAAAGAAAGAAAGAAAAAAAAAAAGUUUGUUUUCAAGUCCCAUAUGAGGAGUCCUUGAUAUCAGCCAGAGUUUAUCACUGUAUGAAGUGAACAGUUCCUUGUUUGUCAGUAAACCUGCAGACUUGUACAAACUAUCCAGUUCAUGGCUUUGUCCAUUAUAUAUAACAUAGGCAGGUACACACACACACACACACACACACACACACACACACACACACACACACACACACACACACACACACACACACACACACACACACACACACACACACACA